AUGCACCUUCUUCGGAAACGGCUAGAACAAACAGAACGUGAAAUGACUCGCCUUUUAGCUGCCAUGCAAUCUGUUGAACAGCAUAUUCAACCUGAUCACUUGUUGCCAGAAUUAAACUCUCAGACUUCACCACCUCUCACUCACUCUCAUUAUCAACAUGUGCAAGACAUGCCUGAUGGUGGCUCAGAAAUAAAUAAAGGAGAUAUAUCCCAAAAUUGUUUUUCGGAAGGCGUUCCGGCUAAAUUAAUUUCGUAUUCUGUGAGUGAUAAGCAAAACAAUUCAGCUGAAGUAGAAGAAGAAACUCCUCUGCAUAUAUUGCCUUCGAAUGAAAUCGAUUCAGACUUGGCAUGUGGGUCGGAACUGGGUUGUGUGGCUAAUCUUUCUUGCCCACUAGAUGAAAACGCCGAGGAGUUAAAAUCUGGGGGUUUUUUAAAUUUUGUAUCAGAUGAUACUGUUAAUUGCCACGGAAAUCAAAUAAAAGUCGACCCCGCAGAAGAAGAUCCAUCUCAUUGUAUCUAUACUUCUGAGGAACAGAAGGCCCUUGCAAUUUCGUCUAUUCAAAGUCCACUCCAAAUAAAAGGUCUUUCACAAGAAUUAACUUUGAGACAAAAGAAGGUGAAGAAUGUACGAAAGGACAAACGGACUAGACAGAAGGUUCAUGAUCAUAAAGAUGUAGCCCCAAAGAAAACCGCAGCCAAACCAGUUUCGGAGUUUUGCAAAGUAAUUAAUAGCCCCAAAGAAUCCUACUUGGAUUCUAUAUUGCCUCAUAGUGAUGGAGUUCAAUUGGGCAAGUUAAUUCUUUCUCUUAAUUGA